UCCGAGGCGGAGGAGGGCGGGGCCGGCAGGGGGACCUGCUGCUGGGAGAGCAGCGGCCCGAGCCGGGGCCAUGGCGAAGCUGCUGAGCUGCGUCCUCGGCCCCCGGCUCUACAAAAUCUACCGGGAGAGGGACUCGGAAAGGGCCCCGUCCAACGUCCCCGAGACUCCAACUUCAGUCACUAACCCCCCUGCCAGCUCCUGGGAUACGUACUAUCAGCCCCGUGCCCUGGAGAAGCAUGCCGACAGCAUCCUGGCACUGGCUUCCGUCUUCUGGUCCAUCUCUUACUACUCCUCUCCCUUCGCCUUCUUCUACUUGUACAGGAAAGGUUACUUGAGUUUAUCCAAAGUGGUGCCAUUUUCUCACUAUGCGGGGACGUUGCUGCUGCUACUGGCAGGUGUGGCCUGCCUCCGAGGCAUUGGCCGCUGGACCAACCCCCAGUAUCGGCAGUUCAUCACAAUCUUGGAAGCCACACAUCGCAACCAGUCAGCAGAAAACAAGAGGCAGCUCGCCAACUACAACUUCGACUUUAGGAGCUGGCCAGUUGACUUCCACUGGGAAGAGCCCAGCAGCCGGAAGGAGUCUCGAGGGGGCCCCUCCCGCCGGGGUGUGGCGCUGCUUCGCCCAGAACCCCUGCACCGGGGGGCAGCAGACACCCUUCUCAACCGCGUUAAGAAACUGCCUUGUCAGAUCACCAGCUACCUGGUGGCUCACACCCUGGGGCGCCGCAUGCUGUACCCAGGGUCCGUGUACUUGCUCCAGAAAGCCCUCAUGCCUGUGCUGCUGCAGGGCCAGGCCCGGCUGGUGGAAGAGUGCAAUGGACGCCGGGCGAAACUGCUGGCCUGUGAUGGCAACGAGAUUGACACCAUGUUUGUGGACCGGCGGGGCACAGCUGAGCCCCAAGGACAGAAGCUGGUGAUCUGCUGCGAGGGAAAUGCAGGAUUUUAUGAGGUGGGCUGCGUCUCUACACCCCUGGAAGCUGGAUACUCAGUCCUGGGCUGGAAUCAUCCAGGCUUUGCUGGAAGCACGGGGGUGCCAUUCCCACAGAACGAGGCCAAUGCCAUGGAUGUGGUCAUUCAGUUUGCCAUCCACCGCCUGGGCUUCCAGCCCCAGGACAUCGUCAUCUAUGCCUGGUCCAUUGGUGGUUUCACUGCCACAUGGGCAGCCAUGUCCUACCCAGAUAUCAGUGCUGUGAUCCUGGAUGCCUCCUUUGAUGACCUUGUGCCCCUUGCCUUGAAAGUCAUGCCGGACAGCUGGAGGGGCCUGGUGACCAGGACUGUGAGACAGCAUCUCAAUUUAAACAACGCAGAACAGCUGUGCAGGUACCAGGGCCCCGUGCUGCUGAUCAGGAGAACCAAGGAUGAGAUCAUCACCACCACGGUGCCCGAGGACAUCAUGUCCAACCGCGGCAAUGACCUCCUGCUGAAGCUCCUGCAGUACCGAUACCCGCGUGUGAUGGCAGAGGAGGGUCUUCGGGUGGUGAGGCAGUGGCUGGAGGCCUCCUCGCAGCUGGAGGAAGCCUCAGUUUACAGCCGAUGGGAGGUGGAAGAGGACUGGUGUCUGUCAGUCCUCCGCUCCUACCAGGCAGAACACGGGCCUGACUUCCCCUGGAGCGUCGGGGAGGACAUGAGUGCUGACGGACGGCGGCAGCUGGCUUUGUUUCUGGCCCGGAAACAUCUGCAUAACUUCGAGGCCACACAUUGCACCCCACUCCCGGCCCCGAACUUCCAGAUGCCCUGGCACCUCUAGGGAUUACUCUGGGACUCGCUGUUGAAGAAGGGACUGAGAGAGACUGACAAGGAAGGGCCCUUGCACUCAUGGUUUUGCGUGUCCAUCUGUGUCACUGUGGAGUCUGGGCAGUGGAGGACCGUUCCCCUUUACCGCCACCUUUCCUCUUGCACGUGUCCCCUCAGCCGUGUGGCAGUACCUAAUUUCCAACACAACAUACACCCUGCACUAAAUGAAAGGGUUCUUCCAGAUAAUUAAUUAAAAGGUAUUUUUUCUA